AUGGAUACAAGAUUCAGGAAGGCUAUUUGUAAAGAAAAGCGAAUUGUCAUUGCUUUAUAUGAUUUAAGUUCAUCUGCAGAAUACAGAACUGUUGCUAACUUGUUUGCUGUAUCCAAAAGCAUUGUUUGCAAAAUUACCCUGGAAUUUUGUAAAGUUUUUGUGGAAGAAUGUGGUGAUAUAAUUCAUCUUUCAUCAACCGAAGAAUUGAUAGACGCCAGAGAUGCUUUUAAGGAUCGCUGGGUUUUUCCACAGUGCUUAGGGGCUAUUGACGGAACCCACAUUAAGAUCCAACCACCGAAGAUGCAUGCUACGAGCUACUACAACUACAAGUCUUUUUAUAGUAUCGUGUUAAUAGCUGUUGUGGAUUACAAUUAUCAAUUUACGUAUGUGAAUAUUGGGUCUCCUGGACGGAACAAUGACGCUUUUGUGUUACAGAAUUCUGCAUUCUACAAUUAUCUAACUGAAAAUCCUUUGCUGUUCAAAUUAUCUGAAACAAUCAAAGAGUGUUCAGUCCCACUGUGUUUUCUUGGGGAUUCUGCCUUUCCACUUUUGGAAACUAUACAAAAGCCUUAUGAGGAACAUUCAACAAUGCCCGACAUUUUGAGAAAAUACAAUUCUUCUUUAUCAAGAGGACGGGAAAUUGUUGAAAAUGCUUUUGGAAGGUUGAAAGCUAGAUUUAGAAUUUUAAAGUUGUUGGAGACCAGAAUAGACAAUGCUGUACCAGUUGUGCACGCAGCUUGCAUUUUGAACAAUUUAUGUGAACAGUUUGGGGAUUAUUUUACUCCACAUUGA